AAAUGACUGAAACUGGACACCUGAAGUGGUUACUUUUUUCACUUUUUGCUCAUUCUCCUCCCUUCACGUUCUCUCCCCAUAACAAAACGUCGCCGAAUUCCUUUAGUUUUUGGCUGUCUGCGUUGAGAAAUGUUUAAGGAACAAAAUGUUGGAUUGAUUGAAUAGAUGAAAGUCAAUACAUAUAACCCUCUAAAGAACGUAGUGUAAGGAGCGGAAAAGAGAUAGAAAAUUCAUCUCCAUGGAUGAAAAAGAGUGAAAAGGAUAACGUAGAGGAGGAGGAGGAGGGCGCGUAACGGGACAGCACGGAGGAUAACAAGUUGUAAAGUCCAAGAAAACUAUGGUAAUGUAUGAUUUUUGACAGCAGGGCAUAAUUUGCAAACACAUUCCACCAAAAAAGGACCUUGAGAAUGGAUGGAGAAAAAGAAAAAGAGCUGGAGAGAGGAGAUGAAAAAGAGAGUGAUGAGACAGAGGAGGAUGCAGAGGGGGCAGCCUUAUUAUGGCACGAGGGAUACCCUGAUGAUGAACUGGGCUUACCCAUCAUGCACUGGGAGGAUCUGAGUCUUCGUAUUGCUGAACUUGAGAAGCAACAAGAAGAGCGGAGACAGAGGGAAAAGGACUUGGACAGGCUGACAGUAGAUUGGCCAGAAAUCAGAGGGCUGAGCAGUCACAGAGAGCCCUGUGAGGACAUGGAGGACGAAUGCAACAGUCGUCUGACUGCUCUGACAUCAAGGCUUCAGAGCCAGAUGAAUCUACAGCUCUGCUUCAUCAACAACAGUGAAAGUGAAGAGGAAGAAGAGGAAAUGGAGGCAAAGAAAGAGGUGGCAAAACAGUCCAGUAAGAGUGGCAGCAAUCAGAGGUUAGAGAAAGAAUGUGGUUCAAGCUCUGCAUCGACAAAGAAAACCAAAUCAAGAGGGUUCAAGAAUGAUGUCAGAGCUGCACUGAGUGUACUCAGACAUAAAUUGAGAUUGGAGCAAAAACAGACUAUACCUCCCAGUGAGGCUGUCAGAGAAAGGAAGCACUAUGAACGAAAUGACUUAAAGAAUUUCAGCUUGAAGGAGUUGAAAGCAUUGAGGACCUCACUAAGCAAAGACAUCCAUGCCCUCAGUUCAGAGCUGGUGGGUCGACUUCUCACAAGGGACCAGCUGAGAACAGAGCAGGACGCCAUGCUGCUGGAGGUACAAGAUAUGACAUCACUCUGAUGCACAAUCAAAAAAAAAAAAGUAUUUCCACUAAGGAACAAAAUGAUGGGACCCUUCCUUUACAAGACUGUCCAUGAGCUGCCUGAACUAAUUGACUUUACUGUGAAAAGCUACAGCACUCCAUCAUCACUUCGAAACCCUUUACUGGUUUUUAUAGUUUUUCAUUUCAGCUUUUUUAUGGACAUUUUUAAGGCACCGAUGAGGAUUUAAAACUGCAGUUUACACUCUUACAGUUGCAAGAUCAAACUGAUAAAGCAACAAAGUGAGAAAAGGCCACAUUCAAAGCAACAAAAGACAAUUUUUUGCUCAAUAUUACUCUAAUUUGUUUAGUGGCAAAGCCAAUUAUGCCAAGCCUCACAUGUUAAGACAUGGCUCAUUAAAUGCUACAAAGUAUGUGUGUGUACAUACAUUGCCAAGCAACUCUUAACUGGAUUGUUUGUGUCACUGUUUGUGAAAUACUUAAAUAUUAUUUUGUGGAAUAAAAGGG